CUGCGAUGGGACGCUAUCACAGUUGGUCCUCCAAUGAGCGAGGCAUCAGUCUCCAGUGAGAGUGGGUGGGGAGAAGGGAAACGUUCGGCUGUGCGCCGCUCUUGGACGUACACGACAUCGUUGGCAUCACCAUGGAGCCGGCGGCACGUGUGCUUCAGGUUCGGGAGCAUUGACAGUCUCCCCCUCACAGCCCCCGGCCUGGCCGAGAGGCUCCUGUCUGACCCCAGCGCUGGGCCGUAAGGAGCCGGAGGAAAGCCGCGGGUGAAUUGACUGCCAUUGUUUGAGAUUUUGGAAUCCGGUCGAUCAUGGGGCCGAGAAAAAAUACAAAGAGAGUUCCAAAUUUCCGUAAGCUUUUGAAGACUAGCAAUGUGAAACUCGCAAAUAAGUUGAAGAAUAAACAGUACAAACAGCAAAGUGCGGCAAAGAAGUAUAAGAAAGAGCAGAAACAACUACGACAAGCUGCUCGAGAUGUUUCAGCUAAAGUAGCAAAACCGUUGGAUCAAUUGAAAAGGAAAAGACCAGAUGAAGAGGAGGAAGAAAUAGAAGAGGAUGUUCUUCCUUUGGAUAUGCUGGAAGAUGAUGACUUGGAAUAUAUGCAAAGCAUGGGCCACAGGCCAUUGUUCCUCACCAGGGAUCUUCAUUCAAGUGAACCGAUCCAUGCGAAAAAACGAAAGAAUGAAAAUAAGGUGGAAAAAUAUGAGAAGGUGCCAAGAUAUUUACAGACUGAACCUGAAAAGGAGCUUAUCCACCUAUUGCCUAUUAAAGACAAAAGGGGUAUAAUUCCUCAAUCGGUAGAGAAGCCAAUCCUAAUGGAUGAACAAGAAGAAGAAAUGACUGAGGAAAAUCUGCAGCAAGAGGAAAGAGAAGAAAUGUUUGCUUUAAAGGAGCCUCGUCAAAAGUUGACCACGGAAGAGUUGCUACUGAUGAGAAGACAGACGUUACAAGAGAAGAAGAUCCACAUAGCCACUUUGGCAUCAUCCAUCUUGACUGAACCAGACAACAAUAUAAAAAAACUGAAGGAACUGCGUUCAAUGCUCAUGGAAAGAGAUCCAAAUGUUGCAGUAACAGUACGAAAACUGGUGAUGGUAUCUUUGUCGGAGGUCUUUAAAGACAUCACGCCGUGCUACAGAAUACGGCCUCUAACCGAAGCAGAGAAAGCUACAAAGGUCAAAAAAGAAACCCAGCAUCUGAGAGAAUUUGAAGAAGGAUUAGUAUGUCAGUACAAAUUUUACCUGGAAAAUCUUGAACAGACUGUUAAAGAUUGGAAGCAGAUGAAGAAAAAGAAGAGUGAUGUUGUUUCAUUAAAGGCGUACAAAGGCCUUGCAGAAGUGGCUGUAAAAUGUCUUUGUGAACUAUUAGUGGCUUUGCCUCAUUUUAACUUCCACAACAACAUUGCUGUGAUGGUUGUACCACUUAUGAACGAUGCAUCAAGAAAGAUUUCAGAAAUGUGUUGUGGAGCUGUGGAAAGACUUUUUAAGCAGGACAAGAUUGGCCAGGCCUCCCUCACUGUGGUCAAAAUAAUUUCUGGUCUUGUUAAAAGUAGAAACUAUGAGGUCAAACCGGAGGUGCUUAAGACAUUUCUUGCCUUGCGAAUUAAGGAAGUAGAAGUUAAAAAAGAUUCAGAGGAUAUUGCCCCUAAAAAAAACUUCAUGACAUACAAAGAGAAGAGGAAAAAUCUUUCCAGGAUGCAGAGAAAGUGGAAAAAAGCAGAGGAGAAAUUAGAGAAAGAACUUCUUGAAACUGAAGCUUCAGAAAGUAAAGACAAAAAACUGAAACUGCAUACUGAAAUCCUGAAUGUUGUGUUUCUGACGUACUUCAGAAUCCUGAAGAAAGCACAAAAAUCAGUACUUCUUCCUGGUGUUCUGGAAGGCCUUGCCAAAUUUGCUCACCUCAUUAAUGUGGAAUUCUUUGAUGAUCUUCUGGUGGUUCUCUCUUCUCUAAUUGACUCUGGGAGUCUUCAUUACAGGGAGUGCCUUCACUGUAUUCAGGCUGCCUUUCAUGUACUUUCUGGACAAGGUGAUGUGCUGCACAUUGAUCCAAUGAAAUUCUACACUCAACUUUAUAAGAUGUUGUUUGUGCUACAUGCUGGGGAUACAAAUGAAGAUGUUUUGAUUUUGCUGCAAUGUAUAGACGUGAUGCUGACAAAACGCAGAAAACAAGUUUCUUUGCAACGUGCUAAUGCUUAUUUGAAACGUCUGACUACUCUUGCACUUAAUGUUCUACCCAAUUCUACCAUCGGUAUCCUGGCAACUAAUAGGGUGUUAAUGAAUUCGUUUCCGAAGACAGAUAUUUUGCUCGAUAAUGAAUCCCAUGGUAGUGGACUUUAUCUGCCAGAGCUUAAUGAACCUGAAUACUGUAAUGCACAAAAUACUGCAUUGUGGGAGUUACACUACCUCCAGAGACAUUUUCAUCCUAUGGUACGGAGUUUUGCAGCACAUCUUAGUGUUGGUGCUCCGUCAGAGGGCUCUGGAGCUCUGAGAAUGGAAUUAAGCAGAAAGCAUGCUACAGAGCUUUUUGAGGAGUUCAGCAUGAAAGAGAUGACCUUCAAUCCUCCAAUCACAUCUUCUGGAUCAAAAAAAAAGAAGUCUACAACACAGACUGCAAUCCUUGAUUCAGAGCUACAAAAGCACAUUAAUCGGCUCCUUGAGAAACCCUUCAUCACAGCUGAUCUCAAAUUUGCUGAAAGUUUCCGAGCAGAAUUACAAACAUGAUUGAAGAGUGUUGGAUGUUCGUUACAUAUGGCGGUUCACAAACAAAAAGGUUUAUACAAGUUGCAGUAUUUAAACAAAUAUUGGACUACCUGUAUUAAUUCAUUUUUUGUGAUUUAUUCAUGGUAUCCACUGUGAUUAUGUGUAAGCAAAAGUGAAUCAAUCAUCCAUAGCCUUGCUCUUUCCUUUGUGAGCAAUAAUAACUAGUUAUGACAUUGAUCUGUACAGAUCACAGUACAAUCCUGUACAAAAAAUUAUUUUUCUUGGGCUAAUUUAACAAUUAUAGCUUUUUUUUAAAACAAAGAUAUUUAUAUAAAACAUGUUGUUGUCCACUUAAAUAUAUAAUGGGGGAAAGCUUUCAGUCUGUAAACUAUUACUUUUGAAUAAUAAAUAAUUGACAAAACCUUAUAUAAAUGUUUCCUAGUUAUGAAAUUGCUCAAGGGAUAGAAACUAGGAGCAGCCAUAGGCCAUUCAGGCCUGCUUUGCCUUUCAGUAUGAUCCUGGUUCAUCUUUUAUCUCUUUCUCCCAAUCCUCUGUGAUGCCUUUAAAAUUUCUCUCUCUUUCUGGAAUAUAGUCAGUGACUUGGCCUCCACAGGUUCACUAUCCUUUAGAGUGAAAACAUUUUCCUCCUUAUCCCAGUAUUAAAUGAUUCAUAACAUAGUGAGACUGCCCCCUGGUUCUAAACUUCCCAACCAGGAGAAUCCUCCUCCCUGAAUCUAGUCUCUGUCCAGCCCUGUUAGAAUUUUAUACAUUUCAAUCAAUCAGAUCCCCUGUCAUCCUUCUAAACUUUAGUGAAUACAGGCUCAGUCAAACUGAUCUUUCCUCACAGGACAGUCCUGCCAUCCCCAGCUUCAGCCUAGUGAACCUCUGCUGUAUCCCAUCUGUGGCAAGUAUAUCCUUUCUUUGGUAGGGAGACAAAAACUAUAUGCAGUACUCCAGCUAUGAUCUCACCAAGGCUUUGUCUUAUUGUAGUAAAACAUCCCUACCUCUAAACUCCAAUCCUUUUGCAAUGAAGAUCAAAACAACAUUUACUUGGUAUACCUGCCUGUUUACUUCCAUUGACUAGUGUACAAGGACACCAGAUAUCCAAACACAUCACCAUCUAAAUAAUAGUCUUGCUUUCUGUUUUUCACAUUGAGGUGUAUAACCUAUUUAUCCAUGUUAUACUGUAUCUGUCUCGUGUUUACCCACACUCAACCCUGAAGCAUGCAUCUUCCUUACAACUCAAUUCCAUCUAGUUUUGAGUCAUCAGCAAAUUUGGAAAUUGGUUCCUCCAUCCAGGUUACUUUACACAUCAUGAAUAGUUGGGGCUCGAGCACUGAUAUGUGUGGUUAAUGACUAGUCAUUGGCGUUCUACUCUGUUUCUGGUCUCUAAACAAAUUCUCAAUCCACACCAAUAUCAAACAUUUUAAUUUUGCCCACUCACCUUUUGAAGAACCUUGUCAAAAUCUCCUGAAAAUCCAGAUGAAAAUAAAUUACAUAUAAAAGCAGGCUAACGCAACUGAAUAGCACACUAAGCUCUCUGUUAUCACACUCUUCAUAGAAUACUUCAAUUUCAAGUCGUCAAAGUGUAUCAUUGUUUAACUGUUUCCUGUGCCUCUUUUAUAUUUGAGUCACUGGCUCUAUUCCAUCAAUUUUACUAUUUACUCAUUAUAGAAGGGAGACUUCUAUCUCCUAAGCUUAAUUCGAUUCACAAAUUCUAAGGGCUGGAUGUCCUGAUGCUGGAGGCAUAGAAAUAGUCCCUUUGAUGUUUGUUGGUCAGCAUAGACAUGGUGGGCCAAACUACACUAAUCCCAUUUACCAGCACUUGGUCCAUAGACUAUUAUGCCCUGGCAUUUCAAAUGCUCAUCCAGAUGCUGCAUAAAUGUUGCCAGGGUACCUACUUAAACUACCCACUCAAACUGUGCAUUCCAUAUAUCUACCACCCUCUAGGUGAAGAAAUGUUUCCUCAGAUCCUCUCUAAGCCACUUUCUCCUCACCUUAAACUUGUGCUGUCUAGUUUUAGACACAUCUGCGAUGGGGAAAAAUAUUCUCUAUCUAUCCUGUCUAUGCCUCUCAUAAUUUUGAAUCCCUCAGCCUCCUCUGCUCCAACAAAGACAAACCCAGCUUAUCCGGUCUCUCGUCAUAACAGAUUCUGCAGUUCAGGCAACAUCCUGGUAAA